AUGGACCACCACCCGAAUUCGCCCCUUAGGCCCAAGAACAUCCCAUCGCACAUGCUCAAUGGAUCGUCUCCUCUUGUGACCCAAGAAAAUCGCGACGCUCGCGAAAGAGAGAGCGCUUUCAAGUCCAUCAAGUCCUCGAUGGGUCCCAAGAAAGAGCCUGUCGACCUCGAAGCCAACUACUUCCAGCCCCAUACCAGUGCCCAACCGCGCGACAAGCGUCCUGCCAGACUAGCCAAUCUCGACGAGGUCGAGGCCAGAGACCCGCGUGACGACUGGUCCUCGCAGCAGACCAGCAGAGCUAGCAGUCCCUAUACACUCGCCCCUACCAUCGACUUUGACGGUCUGAGUUGGCCCAGCACUGGCACACGAGAGAGACUCGAAUCUACCCCCGAACAGGCCGCAGCGCGCUUGGAGAAGCUCUCCGGAGCAGUCCGCACCCUGCUCGAGUGCAUCGGAGAGGACCCUGAAAGAGAAGGUCUUCACGGUACCCCCGAACGUUAUGCAAAAGCUAUGAUGUACUUCACCAAGGGCUACGAGGAGAACCUGAGGGACAUUGUUAAUGGCGCUGUCUUUCACGAGGAUCAUGAUGAGCUCGUUAUUGUGAAGGAUAUUGAAGUCUUCAGUCUUUGCGAGCACCACCUGGUCCCUUUUACCGGAAAGAUGCACAUUGGUUACAUCCCCAAUGGCCGCGUUCUCGGCCUCUCAAAGCUGGCGCGUAUCGCCGAGAUGUUCUCUCGCAGAUUGCAGGUCCAGGAACGCCUGACCAAACAAGUCGCCCUCGCCCUGUCCGAAGUCCUCCAACCGCAGGGUGUUGCUGUCGUUAUGGAAUCUAGCCACCUGUGUAUGGUCAUGCGUGGCGUUCAAAAGACCAGCGCCACAACUACUACCAGCUGUAUGCUCGGCAGAAUGCGCUCAACUGCCAAGACGAGAGAGGAGUUUUUGAACCUGCUCAACAGAAGGUAG